AUGAAGAGUUUAUCGGAAGAACGUUUUUUUCCAGGAAAAGAAGGAGAAAAUGUUAAAAUAAAAAUUUCUGAUGUGGAUCGAGCAAGAUGUGAUCUUCGGUGUAUUCUGGGAGUUAUACUUUCUGUAAACGAUAACUUGUAUGAAAUUGGAACAAAAGAGGGCAGACUACAUCAACUAUACAGUCGGAAUCAAUUCACAAUAUGCAAUGAGGUGUUUAUCCAGGCUGAUGAUGUACCACCAGUACAAAUUUCAUUAAGAGAAGUGGCAAGAAAAUCUUCUGAUUUGGGUGGCCAAGGGUACGAUAGGUGUACUUGCAAUACAUUGUGUAAGACCAACCGGUGUAAAUGUAAAAGAUCUGGUCGUCUUUGCAACUCGAAGUGUCAUAAUAGUGGUGUAUGUGGUAAUAAAUAA